UCCGGGGUUUUUCGCAAUCUCCGGAUUAAAACUGGAGAAAAUCCGGUCCGGCAAGUUGCAGAUUCAGAAUCCGGGUCGUGAAAAAUCGAUUUUACCGCUCACUAGUUUUUUGCUUGAAGUUUACUUUCUUUUUGUUUUGUUUAUUUUUUAAUUUUUAUUUAUAGAAUUUGUAUAUAUUUAUUUAAAAUAUUUUUUAAUUAAAAACAAUGAAAAAAUGACAAAAAUUUAUUCAUUUACUUUCCACAAUGCAAAUUUACCAGCUAUUUUUCAAUGUGAUAAUUGGACAGCCCAACAGGUUGCCGAAUGGUUAAAUGGCGUAGAUGAUGGAAUGGCCCCCUAUAUCAGACAUUUUGUUACCCACAAUAUUACUGGAAGUAAAUUGUUAAAUGUUGAUAAUGAUACUUUGAAGAGAAUUGGUGUAAAUAGAGAAGCUUCUCGGGCAAAAAUAAUUUCUGCAAUUAAUUUACUUUUGUAUUAUAGUUAUUCAAUAAAAUAUGAAAAUUUACAAAAAUUGGCUUUGAAGACGAGGGUUUGCACAAACGAAAUACUCGAAGCAGUCUCCACAGCCACUCCAAUAAUCAAUAAUUCUUCAAAUGCUUCAAUGCACAUAGAAGUAUUAAAUAAUGUUUUGGGUGCAUUAGCUAGCACAUACGAAAAUACUAUAAGGCUGAUAUUUUGGUUGGAAAGAAAUCCUUUUGUUGGAAAUAAAAAAUAUGCAAAAAUGAGAAAUAAUUUGGCUACUUAUGUUGAUGAAAUGGUUGAUUGUGUUAAUAAUCCAAACAAUCCAAAAUUCUUUUCUGUCCCGCAAUUGUUGAUUGAGAGAGCAAAAAUGAUUCAACAAGUUUGUAACGAAAUAAUUCAUUUGCCCGAUCCAAGUAUUUUAUAUACUGCAUUUCUCGAUAGAAUAACUAUUAGAAGACCUGCUUCUGCCGAUUGGGGUUUUGAGAUUGGAAGAACCUGUUUAGGCAUAAAUUUAAUAACUCGAGUUGAUUACAAUUCCCCGUCUGCAUUUCCAGAUAAAUUUGAUGUUGGGGAUGAAAUUUUGGAGAUUAACGGUCAAUCAGUUAUUGGAUGGAAAAGAACAACACUUUUACGUCGUUUAAAUGAAAAACAACAAUUUUUGAGGCCCGGACAGGCACAAUUCUCGAAUUUAGAAAAUGUUGAAACUCAGCUACUUUUGUGUAAAAGACCGAGAGAAAGCUGCUCUCCUCAAAGAUUUCCUAAAAUACAGGAUUGUGGGAAUUUGGGAGGGGAUCAAGAAGCGAAGAGAUUGACUAAAUUGGCUUUGGAUUUUAAAAAUAAGAUCGGAACAGAUUUUUCUAUGAGAUGGCAUCGAAAUCAAAAAGAAAUUUCAAACGAAUUAAAAAAACAAGAGAACAGCAAUUCCAACCAUUUAGCCCUACGACGUGUUCGUUCUUCAAGUUUUACAGCAAAUGUAAAUUCAAAUAGUCGAAGAUGCAGUGAUUGUUCAUUACCCCAAGCAAGUAGAUGUAUUUCACUUUUAAUUCCAACUGGGAAACAACAAUUAUUUCGAAGAGCUUCUGUUUGGAAUGAAAGCCCGCCUGGAACUUUACAUUCCCCUUUUAAGGAUUCAAAUUCAUGGCUACUUUUACUAGCUUCUUGGGGCACAGAAAAUAAUCGUUUGACAACAACAACUAGACCCGAUCGGAUUCAAAAAAGGCCUCCACCAUUGAAAGGGAUUCUCGAACCUGGCGAAGUUUCUGUUGUGGUAGAUAAAGGAGAAAUUGAGGAUGGACAAAAUGGUAUCGUCUUUUCAAGUGUUGAAAUAGUCCAAGAAAAUGAAUUACUCAAAAUUGGAACUUCUCUUUCUGUUAUAGUUGAGCCUGAAUGGAAUGCUCCAAUUAAAGAAAUUACUGGAAUAUCAACACAACAAAGAAUUCCUUUUUCUGAAAAUGCUGUUAAUCCGUUACCCGUUAUUAGUGAAUCUCCUUUGAGCAAUAUCCAUGCCAAAAUUGCUCGUUUCUUUUAUGGGGAAUUCUCAACAACUCCAUCGCCUAGUCCAUCAAGUAUAAAUAUACAAAAUUCUUCCCAAGAUUUAACAAUAAAAACUUCAACAACAUUUUUACCCAAACAAACAACAAAUCCUGAAUGUAAAACCCCAAUAACUCCAAAUUCUAAAUAUUCACUAGAAUUACCCUUUUCUUCGAGUACUUCAACAAAAUUGGGGGAGGGAAGUUCGAGUAGUUUAUGUUCUGUUGAUUCGCCUUCCUAUACUUCUACUAUUGUUAAAACAGCAAGUUCGAGUAGAAAUAGAUUGGCUCCUUUGGCUGAACCAGAUGAAGUUGGUGAUUUAUUAUUAACUUAUGUGCCCAUAUCUUCAUCAGAAAAUGCAAUAAAUAAUUGUCAAUCAACACAAAAUAUAUCAUCAAAAUCCCCAAUUAUUGAAGGAUUAAUUUUGCGAGAAUUAUUUCAAUCAGAAUAUAAAAGACAAAUUUUUAGAGCUUCGUUUAGACGUAAACGUUGGACAAAAUGUUGGGGGUUAAUUAAAGGAGGGAUAUUUCAAAUUUAUUCAAAUCAAAUGUCAACUGAAGCAGAACUUUUAAUUGAUUUAUCGAUGAGUACAAUCACAACUAAACCUGAAAUUCAAACUUCUAAAAAACAGUUAAUAAAUAUUUUUGUAUUUUCCCGGGAAACAAAGUUAAUUACGAAAUAA